AUGACAGAGGCAAAUAUUAUGCAAAUGAUGAACAUGCUAAAGUCCGGGAUUAGCACUUCACAGAUAUUUGGUCUUCUAACUAGUCAAGCAAGCGGGUAUGAAUUUGUCGGCUAUGGUCCCAGAGAUAUGUACAAUGAGAUUGCUCGGCAAAGGCGUCAAGUUCCUGGUGAUGCAGCACAAGUGUUGAAGAAGUUGGAGGAUAUGCGGUUGAAAGAUCCACAAUUAUAUUUCAAGGCAUGUCAUGAUUCAAGAGGUUUGGUACGUAACUUGUUCUGGUCUAAUGGGAUUAGCCAACUAGACUACCAACUCCUCAGAGAUGUCAUUGAUUUUGAUGCUACGUACAAGAAGAACAAGUAUAGUUGUCCAUUAGUCAUAUUCAGUGGGGUUAACCACCACAACCAAACAAUUGUUUUUGCUACUGUGUUAAUUAUGGACAAAACUACUGAUACAUAUAUUUGGCUCCUGCAUAAGCUCAUGUUUGCCAUGAAGGGUAAGACCCCAACCUCAAUAAUAACUUAUGGGGCCAUGGCAAUUAGGAAUGCAGUAGAUGUAUUUUCCGAAGUUAGACAUAGAUUAUGCGCUUGGCACCUUAUUUGA